AACCAAACUUCUAGGGAAUUGUGGGUUUGCACAAUCCUUGAUUUCUUUAUACAGACUACACUGAUCACUGGACAAAGGGCUCAUUUCUAGGUUUUUUUCUCUCUUUACACUGCUAGUUCGAAGAAGAAAUCAGAGCCUCAGCAAGUUUUACAGGGGGAGAGAUUGUCAAGAUGGGUUUCUCAAUGCAGCCAUAUGGAAUACAGGCAAUGCUCAAAGAGGGACACAAACAUCUUUCUGGUCUUGACGAAGCUGUUCUCAAAAAUAUCGAUGCCUGCAAGCAGCUCUCCACUAUCACUCGCACCUCUCUUGGUCCCAAUGGUAUGAAUAAGAUGGUUAUUAAUCAUUUGGACAAGCUUUUUGUCACCAAUGAUGCUGCCACUAUUGUCAAUGAACUUGAGGUUCAGCAUCCUGCUGCCAAAAUUUUGGUCUUAGCUGGCAAGGCUCAACAAGAGGAAAUUGGCGAUGGAGCUAACUUGACGAUUUCUUUUGCUGGUGAGCUCCUUCAAAAUGCAGAGGAGCUUAUCAGGAUGGGCCUGCACCCGAGUGAGAUCAUCAGCGGAUACAGCAAAGGAAUCAACAAGACAAUUGAAAUCUUGGAUGAACUGGUGGAGAAAGGUUCUGAAACAAUGGAUGUGAGGAAUAAAGAGCAGGUCAUAUCUCGGAUGAAGGCAGCUGUUGCUAGCAAGCAAUUUGGACAAGAAGAUAUUUUAAGUAAUCUUAUAGCAGAUGCAUGCAUGCAAGUAUGUCCCAAGAACCCAGCAAACUUUAAUGUGGAUAAUGUCCGUGUUGCAAAGCUUGUGGGAGGAGGUUUGCAUGAUUGUACAAUAGUUCGUGGAAUGGUAUUGAAAAGUGAUGCUGUGGGUACUAUAAAGAGAGUUGAGAAGGCAAAGGUUGCUGUGUUUGCUGGUGGUGUUGAUACCUCGGCAACUGAAACCAAAGGAACUGUUCUAAUUCACUCUGCUGAGCAGCUAGAGAAUUAUGCCAAAACUGAAGAAGCUAAAGUUGAGGAGCUCAUUAAAGCAGUUGCAGAUUCUGGCGCCAAAAUAAUUGUUAGCGGAGCAGCUGUUGGAGAAAUGGCUUUGCAUUUUUGUGAACGUUACAAGCUCAUGGUUUUGAAGAUUAGCUCAAAGUUUGAAUUGAGACGAUUUUGCCGCACCACGGGUGCUGUUGCUCUUUUGAAACUGAGCCAACCAAACACAGAUGAUUUGGGAUAUGUAGAUUCCAUUUCCGUUGAGGAAAUUGGUGGAGUUAGGGUCACUAUUGUGAAAAAUGAAGAGGGUGGUAACUCUGUAUGCACUGUGGUCUUACGUGGAAGCACUGAUAGUAUUCUAGACGAUCUUGAAAGAGCUGUUGAUGAUGGAGUUAACAACUAUAAGGCAAUGUGCAGGGAUAGUCGUAUAAUUCCUGGAGCUGCAGCUACUGAAAUUGAGUUGGCUAGAAGACUGAAGGAAUUCUCUUUCAAGGAGACAGGAUUGGACCAAUACGCUAUUGCAAAAUUUGCUGAGAGCUUUGAGAUGGUACCUAAAACACUGGCUGAGAAUGCUGGUCUUAAUGCUAUGGAGAUCAUAUCAUCUCUCUAUGCUGAACAUGCAUCUGGAAACACCAAAGUGGGUAUUGACUUGGAUGAAGGGGUUUGUAAGGAUAUGUCAAACUUGAAUAUCUGGGACCUUUAUGUCACAAAAUUUUUUGCGCUCAAAUAUGCCGCAGAUGCUGCCUGCACUGUAUUGCGAGUAGACCAGAUUAUAAUGGCAAAACCAGCUGGUGGUCCCAAGAGAGACCCACCUGCAGGGAUGGAUGAAGACUAGUUUUGUGCAGGGCCGCAACACUUGGUCUUGCUGGUAUCUUUUUGGGCAGAAUCUUUUACUUUCUAUGGUGUCUUUUUUUGCAAUUUUGUUUACUGUUAAAGAAAUGAUAAGAACAUUGCUCUGUAUAUGCUACUCCCAGUCCAACUUCAUCUGAUGAUUGGUUGUGAUGAUAGUCUGGAAGUUCUCAUAUCGGACUCCAAUUUCAACAGAAAAAUUUGUUAGAUUGGGUGCUUCAAGCCAUUUUUGGUGCUGAAUUCACUGAAUUUUUACUUUUUAGUGUUUCACUGUUCACUUAUGGGUGAUUUAAUGGAUUGUACUGGCGCUGUGAUUCUAGUUUAGAGAUAUGUUUAAUGCCAGUGCUUGUAUUUGUGUGGUGGCUUCAAAUUGAGAUUCAUUUGGUUGCUCUGUUUCAA